CCUCGUUUUUAUAUCAACAUUCUGGUCUUUGGUCAUUAUUCGAAUGGGCUAAUCCCUUGGAAGCACUCUGUCUGAUUUUGUGGGUGUGGCACAACCACGUCCUGGCCUACGUCCUUCAAAACAGGCCAUCUUCAAAGCAUGUCGUUGCACCCACUCCUGGGGAAUUCUUGCUUGAGAGAAAGAUUGGCUCCUCAAUGCUUCCUUUGAGGUUAAUUUACUCCAUACUCCGUCCGAUCUCAAGGGGUGUGCGUCACGCAUGUUGAACGCGUCUCAUUGCCAGUAGCCAUGUUAAGUCUCGAUUUAUCUAUUCUUCCUCUCUUCACUACCGUCUACCCUUAACUCCCGACAUUCGACUUCCCCGUCAGAUCUCACUUCAACACCAAGGUCAGAGCCUUACCAACAUGAACAUAGCCAAGAAGAUCGAGCCUGUCAAGGGCACUAACCAUGGCGCCAAGGAGCCCGCCAUUUUCCGACCUCCCCCGCCCUCGCCCAGCCAGCGCUUCGCAUGGCGCAGUUCAGCUCAAGACAAGCACGCCCGUGUCAAUGGCGAUGGUAACUUGGCCCUCUGCCCCCUCCCCAACUGCGUCAAGAAUGCCGAGACCGAUGGCUCGGGGGGCGACAAGAAGAUGGCCAUCACGAACUCGAUGAUGAAGACCUAUGUCGCCAUGAGAGCGGGCGUGAAUAGCGUCGUUGCCAGUACCAUUGAGCCUCUGCUUGGGAAGCUAGUUCGCCAGGAGCUGGCUGGGAAGUUGGGAAGCCCUCGGAUGAUCCACGACAUUCACUGGGAACUGAGCCCCUAUCUUCCGGACCGCCUCAACCGCCCGGAGAUUUAUUAUUACGCCCGCAACGUCGUCGAUGAGCACCUGAAUCUCCCGCCCGACUACAAUUUCAAGGGGCUCCGCGCAAUCAACCAUAUAUGUAGCGAUGGUUGGAAGGCAGCCAACGCCAAAGAAGAUGGCGAGGAGACGGUGCAAGGUCUCGGGGACAUCGUCCCCGACCACAACGGCCCCUUCAUCACAGACGCAAUGCUAGUUCCGGGCAGCCCCCUGUACAGCUCCCACUUCGAAGAGGGUUACGUCUCCGACGAGGAGGGCCACCCGGACCUCACGCGCAUCUCACCGUGCACCUUCGCGAGCUGGGCCACCGGCUGCGCCCCUGAAGACUGGACACAGAAAGAGACCACCGCUCCCAAGCCGCCCAUCAUACCCGCCCGCACCUCCUCGCUCAACUGUUUGGGACCGAAGCGCUACAGCACGCCCCUGAUCGACACCCCGCACCGUCCCGAUGGACCCCGCGUGCCUACCUUCGACACCGUGCGCGCGGUCAAGGAGAUCGGCGCCCUGAAGUGCACGCUCAGCAAGCUCGUCAACGAGAAGGAGCAGCUCCGGGAUGAGAUCGGGGCGCUGCGGCAGGAGAGGGCGGAGCUGCAGGCCAAGAUGGAGAAAGUUGUGGGGUGAGAGAGAAGAGGGGAUAGAGUCGGAAUGGACGGAUGACGCUGGGUGUGGAAAAGGAUAUACCCCGAGGCAUUUCUGCUGCUAUGGUUAGCUUGUAUUGAAUCGUUUCGCAUACAUACAAUAUCACAGAAAGUGC